CGCCGACGCGGCGUCACGUGACCGACCCAAGAAAACGAGCGCACCUUCCUCCCGCGUCACACCUUCCCAGCCCUCGCUCGCGUCCGGACGUGCGCUUGGGUCGGUCUAGGACGGCUCCGAAAAGCAGGAGGCGGCGGGGCCAACGGUCUGAGGGUCCGAGCGCCUCCGGGGAGCACUUGCCGCCGCCGCCGCGAGAAGCCGAGCCCGGUGCCGACGGCGACCAGAGGCCCAGGAGCAAUGGCGUCCAAAGAAAAACCGAUGAUGAAAAAGCUGAGCAAGGAAAACGAAGACGCCAAUCCCGAAAAAGAAGAAGGGAAAGAAUCCCUUGUACCGAAUGGAGAGGAAUCGCGUCCUUCGGGAGGGGGUGAAGGCCAGAAAUCUGGAGGGAAACUGGGGCGUGUUAGGCGAUUUGUCCCUAGUUUCCGUUGGGCCCUUCCUAACAGGCAGAAUGUGCAAAACGACGCCGAUGAUGUCGAGAAGUUUGCUGGCAAGAUGAUGGAAGUGAAGAGAAAAACCAAGGAACAGCAGCUGAAGCAUUACACACGCUUCCAAACUCCUGAGCCUGAUAAUCAUUAUGACUUCUGUCUUAUACCUUGAAUACUGAGGGUUAUCCUGUCAUUAAUCAUGUGGCCUCAGCUCUAUAAGCUUGUAGUUCGUGAUUUACUUUUUCUGUACCUUGGGGCCUUCCCAUUGAACAGUUUCCAAGUGAAUACUGUUUUGGUCUCUGUAAAACUUUAUUGCCAAUUUAAUGUAGUUUUAGGGAAAGUAUUCUUUUCUUAACACGAAAUAAAA